UCACACGCAUGUAACAACGCGUGUAGAAGAUAAUAUUGUACUAACGCGGGGUAUCAGAGAAUCAUACUAUCAGUUACUUCGUCGUACUCAUACAAGACUGACAGACCAUUAAGAGACAAUUGAGGCCUACUGAGUUCGGGCGGGCGUUGGUCGGUCAAAAUGUUAAAGAGAUACUUGAAGUCGUUUAUUUUACUGACGAUAUUUUAUUAUGGUGAAUGUGCAAAUAUUUUGUAUGUGGUACCUUUUACAUCUAGAUCGCACAAUAUUAUGUUGAAGCCAAUCGGUUUGGAGUUAGCCAAAAGAGGACAUAAUGUUACGGUCAUCACAGGAUACUUGGAAAAGACUAGUCUUCCCAACUAUAAACAAAUACUAAUUGACAAAAAGGAAAUAUGGGAAGUUUUGGGAACUAGACCAAACGUAUUCACGAUGGCAGAAUUAUCAGCGGAGGAAUUUCAUGAUUUAAUUUUUUGGCGAGGCGGCUUGGCCUUUACGGAAUUAGCGCUAAAUUCAACUGAAGUGAGAAAAUUUUUAGCAGGCGACAACACAUACGAUUUAGUGAUUAGUGAACAAUUUUUCCAAGAGGCCAUGUAUACCCUUGCACUCAAGUAUCAAGCACCUCUAGUGUUGGUAACGACUUUUGGCAAUUGUAUGAGACAUAACAUUGCUUUUAGAAACCCGUUACAACUGGCCACAGUGAUCCCCGAAUUCCUCGACCUAAAUGACCCGCCCAGUUUUUGGGGUAGACUACGAACAUUUUACUUCACAUAUUAUGAAUUCGCUUGGUGGAAAUACUGGUAUUUAGUGGAACAAGAAAAACUGGCGAAGAAGUACGUACCGGGUCUACCGGAACCAAUGCCGAAUUUGUACGAGAUUCAAAGAAAUGUUUCGUUGUUUUUUAUAAACAGCCAUUUCAGUUUUGAUGCGCCAGUUGCUUACCUUCCGAAUGUCGUUGAAAUUGGUGGUGUGCAUUUAACACGUAGUUCUGAGAAACUUCCAGAGGAUUUACAGAGCUUAUUGGACAAAGCCAAAGAAGGAGUAAUAUACGUAAAUUUCGGCUCAAAUGUAAGAAGUUCAGAACUUCCAGUCGAUAAGAUGAAUGCUCUUAUAAAAGUUUUCUCAGAAUUGAAUCACACAAUAUUAUGGAAAUGGGAGGAUGAUAAAUCAGAUUUAAAAACUAAAAAUAUAGUAUUCAGGAAAUGGUUUCCACAAAAAGAAGUAUUGUCUCAUCCAAAUAUCAAGGUAUUCAUAUCUCACGGAGGAUUGAUCGGGACGCAAGAAGCAAUUUUCCACGGAGUACCAAUAAUAGGAGUUCCUAUAUACGCGGACCAGUACAACAAUCUACUCCAAGCCCAACAUUUAGGAUUCGGCAAGAUUCUGCGCUUCGAAGACAUCAAUGAACAGAGCCUGCGAAGCAAACUCGUUGACGUUCUCUUUAAUGUUUCUUACCAAAAUGUGGCUAAAGAAAUGUCCAAAAGAUUUAAGGAUAGACCGAUGACUCCUUUAGAUACUGCAAUGUAUUGGAUCGAGUAUGUUAUUAGACAUAACGGUGCUGAUUUCAUUAAAAACCCCGCUAUCCAGUUGAGUUGGGUCGCUUACAACAUGUUAGAUGUUUAUGCUUUUCUUUUAGUUGUGUUAUUAGUAUUUUUGUAUUUGAUCAUUAGUGUUAUAUUAUUUUUCAAAAGAUAUUUCAGUAGUAAAGCGAACGCGGAAAAAAGUAAAUCUUCAAGAAAUAAAAAGAAAAACUGAAGACCUAGUUACUGUUGACCUAGUAAAUGAUUCCAGUGUAUGAAAUAGAGACUUGAAUAUUCAUUACGAUAGAGAGAAGAAUCCAAGUGACAUUGAGAACUUUCUAACCCAAAAACCAUAAUUCUGCGAAUACCGAUGAAACCUAUGGUAGUUUUUAGAUAAAUGUAACGUACGUACUUUAGAAAUGUGUAUUUUUUUUUGUAACUCAUGGGAAGGUUGAGAAAAUUAAGUUUAUGUGUUUUUUGGUUUUUUACAUGCUUCUUUAUAAAAACGGUAACAUAAAUAAUAAUGCAUAAAUAGUAAAAAACUUGAUAAAAAUUGUCAAUAAUAAUUAUGGACAUUAUUAUUAUACUAAAAAUAAUCAUCUUACUGUUUUGCUGUCAUGUAUUGAUAUAAUAUCAUCGUAAACCCAAAAAUUAAGUAGUUUUUUAAAUUAAAUAUUCUCCAAUAUAUCUCAAUAUUUCCAUAAUCCACAUUAAAGUUCCCAAUGUUUUAUCCCUUACCCGUUUAUUAAUGAUAAAAUAAAUAUAAUAACUAAGAAACGUGUUAGGUUUUUGACAUCGUUAAAGUUGUGAGAGUUGGGAGUAUUUAUAUGAUUUAUACAUAGAUAUAUAUAUUUCUCCUGCCGUGCCCUUCAAUCGCGGAAUCCGUGGUGGGAUUUGAAAUAUUGUAUUCAAAAUUGUAUUUUUGUUGUCAGUCCGACGUUUCAAUGUUGUUUUAAUGUAAUACAAUACUGAUACCAAGUUCGUUAGUUAUAAGAUGUAAGUAUUCAUGUCCGUACUGUGGAAAAAUUAGCGAAAAUAUCUUUAUUUUGAUCUCAAAAGCAGGGAAAAAUGAAGUCACUGCGGUUCCUUCUUUAUAAAAUUAAACAUAUUGUAUGUUCUUUACUAUAUUACAUAAACAUAUUGUCAGGUAAGACAAUCUCAGAAUAGUUCUAACUUUUGUUUAGUUAACAAAAUUAAUAUUUGUUAGAGUUCACCAUCUUAUUAUUUUGUCCUAUUAGAUAGUUUUUAAUAUAUUUUUAACUAUUACAAAAAUAAUUAAAAGAUUGUGAAGAAGAUUUUGCCCUGAUUGUUUUAAGUCUAUUUUUUUGUAAAUCCGCAACUAUAAUCUCAUGAUUAUCUUUAUUAAAGUUAAAAGCUUUUGAAAAUGUUGGUUUUAAACUUUGUUGAUGAUGUUUCAUUAAGAAAAUGAGAUAAUGAUGCAAUGCGCAUUAUUGUUUUAUUCUCAGCUCUACAUUGUUUCUUUGAAGACAUAUAAGCAAAUAUUAAUUUAGCUUAUAAGUACUUACAUUGUUUCCCUCGUUACAUUGAAAUCAACUCGACAACCCACUAUGCAUUUAAUGACAAACUCCUUGUAAUUUGUAUAACAACUUAUUGUAAGUAAUCACAGCAAUAUCCGUAAUUACUUUGUAAGGAAACAAACUAAUAGAUAUUUAUUUAAAAAUACGUGGAACACUCAGAAAGUUUAGAGAAACUAAAAAACUAAUUUCUAUGAAAAAAAAUAUUUUUAUUAAUUCUUUUCAAAGAACUCUUCGCCUCUAUACAAAGUUUUAUGCGUCUGAACCAAUUUUCAAAACAUUAUUUCCAGUCCUCUGCAGACACCUCUUUCACGGCUUUCUCAAACGCUGCUAGUGCUUCUUCCGGCGAUGAAAACUGUGUAUCCCUUUGAGUUGAUUUUUAAUUUAGGGAACAAAAAGAAGUCACCUGGAGCCAAAUCAGGACUGAAACGAGGGUGUCCCAAGACACUGACUGGUGUGAAGUCUUCAGGAAGUUCUUCGUUUUGAUCGCAGAGUGAGGAACAGGAGGAGGAGAUUUGACUCAGGAACUACGCCGCGGAGCCUGGUGUUAGGUCGCUUUUGCGCUAACCAUUCGGUGUUGCUGCUUUGGUCUCGAAGUGGAAUUAAAAUUAAGUACCCUUUCAAAGUGAAGAAACUAGCGAUCAAAAUUUUCCCUGAGUUCCUCUAUCGCUUCACUUUCGUAGGCGUUGGUUCAUUUUAAAACAGCCAAACUGUCGACUGACGCUUUGUUUCUAGAUCGUAUUUAUAUUUUUGUAAAAUGCUCGUGCAAAAUCUUGUGAACACUUCUUGAACCAACCUGCAGAGUACGCUGAAUCUCUCCAUACGUAAUUUGUCUGUUUUCUUGUAUUAUUUUUUUUACUGCCAGCACACUUUUUUCGGUGACAGCCGUCGUAGGACAAGGUCCUUUGUUCUACCCCCAAAGUAAGACGACCGCGUUGAAACUCGUUACACCAGCGGUAGAUGGUUACUCUUGAAGGUCCUUCAUCCAUAAAAGCAGUUUGAAAUCGAUCAAAUGACUCAUCAGGUUUAAGCCACAUUUAAAAUCGUAAAAAAUUAUAGCACGAAAAUUUUUUCGAUGCAGAUCCGUUUUUUUAUGACACAAGAAAAAUUUAACUGACUCUAGAAAAAAUGCGGAGGGAAAUUUCAAAAAGGAACAGUGGUAUUCUAACUUUUAAAUAAUCGAAGUUUUCAAAAUAAUUACAAGUG